AUGUAUCUCCCAUCUCCCAAUUUCACCUUUACCAUCCCCUCCGUCCAUGACGGCAUCCAGCUCGACUGCCGCAUCUAUCUCCCCCGCGAACUCCAUCAACUUGAUAAUGCAUCACAAUCACGUUGGAGAAAACAAGGGGCAAUAGUAGCUCACCCUUAUGCUCCUCUGGGAGGUAGUUACGACGAUCCGGUGGUGAACUUUGUUGGCGGGGAGCUUCUUCGGUCUGGAUAUGUUGUGGGCACGUUUAAUUUUCGGGGAGCUGGUGCAUCUGAGGGAAGGACUAGUUGGACAGCAAGGCCUGAAUUGGCGGAUUAUGUGUCUUUUUACGGGUUUAUGUUGCAUUAUAUGGGUUCGUUUAAGGCAGAAGGUGAUGUUCAUAUCAUCCUUGGAGGCUACUCUUAUGGAUCUAUGAUUGCUUCGCACCUCCCGGGAAUUGAGGUUGUCACGGUUCUUUUUGGAAACGCUCCUAAAGAUAGUGCGAUGAGUGUGAUCUGUCGAACGGCAAAGGAAAUAGCUACUUUGACAGAAAGACGUCUUACCAUGCAAGUUCGAUCAUCGUCACACGAAGCAUCGAAAACAACAACCCAAAUAUCUAUCUCUUGUCUUCUGAUAUCCCCCAUCUUACCACCGAUUAGUUCAUUCCUGACCUUGUUCGGAGACUUCUCGAUAAACGUCCAGAUGGGACCAUCUGCGCCUGGAAAGCAUAUUCCUUGUCCAAAACCAGCUGAUCAACUGUCUGCACACGACACAUUUGUCAUCUACGGAAACGAGGACACUUUCACGCCAGCAAGCAAAUUACGAAACUGGUCAGAUGGAAUUGCUAAGGUUUCCGGAAGCAGGCUUGAGUCUCACGAGAUUGAUGGCGCUGGGCAUUUUUGGCGAGAGGAUGGUGUCGAAUCGCAGGCAAGAAGUGCUUUGAGGAACUGGCUGGGCCGGAUUUUUGAUAACUUGUGA